UUCUCGUGGCAGCGGGAGAUCGCCUCUCAUUUCUAUUCCUGGUUUCCCGGCCCCAAUGACAGAAAUCAUUCAGUGUAGGAUGUGCCACUUGCAGUUUCCAGGAGAGAGGUGUUCCAGAGGCAGAGGAAUAUGCACUGCUACAGAAGAUGAGGGUUGCACGACUGGGAGGAUUUUCAAGAAAGAUGGGACUCUGUGGUUAACCUUCAUGGGCUGCCUGAAAAACUGUGCUAAUGUGGACAAAAUAAAAUGGAGUGUCUACUUGGUGAAGUUCAGGUGCUGCAGGGGCUAUGACCUUUGCAAUGAAACCCUGUAG